UGCGCCUCUGACUUUCUCACACAAGCAAACAUGUGUAACUUCACGGCCAUAGAAAAUGGAACCUAUCAGGCGUACACGCUGGUCUUUGGAUCUGUAAUGACCCUGGGUCUGCCUCUCAAUGCUGUAUCACUGUGGAUAUUGUUAAAUCACCACAGCCUCAAAUCCCCGAGUGCUGUCUUCAUGGUGAACCUGGCAAUCUCAGACCUGCUGCUCAUCAUCUCCAUGCCCGUGAGGGUCUACUUUUACGCCACGGGCACCUGGCCACUGGGCGAAAUGGCAUGCAUCUUUUUCACGAUGCUCUUUCGCAACAACAUUCGAUCCAGCUCCAUCUUCAUCACCUUCAUCUGCGUGGACCGCCUGCUGGCUGUGGUGUAUCCUCUGAGGUCACGCCAUCUUCGAACUUCUUCCAACGCCUGGAAAGCUGUUGCGUUCGUUUGGCUGUUCGUGGUAGCGGUGAACAUUCCCGAGAGUGUGACCUUUUCAAGAUUUUUGAUGAAAAACUUUGCCGAACCUUCCUGUUUUGAAUUUGGGGAUUGUAAAAAUCUGUCACCAAUGCAAUAUUUGCAGCCAGUGCUGGUGCUCAUCAUGCUGGCAGUCAAUGUUGUGUGCACCACUCUGGUGUCUUGGACUCUACGCAGCCAUCUCAGCGACUCUGCAAAGGUCAGCAACAAGGUGAAUGUCAUGCUGAUUUUUGUCAUGAACUUGGUUAUGUUCAUUGUAUUUUUCUUGCCUGUGUCGGUGGCUAUUCUCUUUGAAAGCUGGAGACAUGCUUUCACAUCACUUGCUUGUCUUGCUAGUGUGAACUGCUGUCUGGAUCCUCUGUUGUACUACUUUUCUUUUGAUGGAUUCUGGAGGAAAAAAGAGGAUGGGGAUACCUCUCUUGCAAUAGAAUAGUAUACUAUACUAUACUAUACUAUACUAUACUAUACUAUACUAUACUAUGUCAACCCUAAUUUGUGUGCUGUUUUUGGAUAAGCAGAAUGUGAAGGUGAAAAACUGAGUGUAGCAUAUUUUAUUUUUUGUAAAAUGACCUUUCAAAGUGAUAACUGUCCCUCUUUAUGCGUCAUUAAAUCUUCCAGUAGAAAGAAAAAUCACAGCUUUUUUAUGCCUUGCAUCACUUUCUGGGGUUAUCCACAAUUCUGGGUCUCAUUCUCAUGAGUGUGAUAUCUCAGGCACGUCAGGAAGGAAUUUCAUUACAUCUCGCAAAAACUUCCACUUGAGGUUGGUCCGAUUAGAGUUUGGUUGUCAAGGGUCACUGUGAGCUCACCGUGUUUUUGGGCCGUAGCUCAAAAGUUUCACACAAAACGUCUAACGGGAUGUCUGAACGGAUGAAAUAAUGAGGUGAUUACAUUUUUUAUCCAAAAGGUCAAAGGUCAGCUUCACUGUAACAUCAAACUCUUUUGGACAAAAAAACAACAACAACAACAACAACAAUUUUCUGGCCAUAAUUGAACACAAUAACUCAGUAACAGAUACGAUAAUAACUGUAUUUCACAUUUGGCCAGAUUCUGAAUUGGCGACACUAAAUCUCGGGUGCCCACCCUGAAGCUUAGAGGUCUUCUUUGUUGAAGACAGCUGUGAAACGCACACAAGGAAUCUGACGGUUAGAUGCUGCACUCAGUGGAUUUGCACACUCAUAGACAUACAGCAGCGGUCCAACACAGGCUCACUAGAUUUGCAGAUAUUGAGCUUCUAGUGACAGUUGUUUU